AUGGAUGGCCUUAAGGCAUUAGGCUACGAGUUUGACAAUGAUGAGUUUCAUGCAAAUGUUCAUGGUACCUUGCCAUAUCACAAUCUCAGGCCCGACCCUGUUUUGAGGACCCUCCUGCUUUCAAUUCCACAGAGAAAAAUAGUAUUCACAAACUCUGACAAAGCACAUGCGGAGGAGGCUAUGCACAGGCUGGGUUUACAGGGUUGCUUUGAUGGUGUGAUAUGCUUUGAGACACUGAAUCCUUGCAAUGGUUUGAUAUGCUCAGUCCCAGAAUUACCCAAAUCACCCAUCCUCUGCAAGCCCUCCAUUGAAGCCAUGAAAGCUGCAAUUCGAAUUGCAAAUGUUGAUCCUAAGAAGACAGUUUUUUUUGACGACAGCACUCGGAACAUAGCUUCAGGAAAGGCUGCAGGCUUCCAUACUGUGAUUGUUUGCAGGUCGACACUUGUUCCCGGGGCUGACCAUGCUCUGGAGAGCAUUCAUAACAUCAAGGAAGCUUUGCCCGAGAUAUAG